AAAUUCUCACACAGCCCCUACAGCUCCACACAGAGAUAAGAGAGAGAGAGCACACCAGUCAAACUGACCUCAGCUGAACACUGCAUGUGCCCUUCUUCUGCAGAGACACCUGACAGCCCAUCCAAUUCAAGAACUCACCUGUGAAGGCACCAGAUUGGCUUGAUAACGAUUGAGGUGAGGUGAAUACAUGCUGCAGAUGUCUGGUUCCUACCACCACCGCUGCGGACAAUUAUCUAAGCUGAAGUAAAAAUGGAGAAUCCCUCAGAGUCGCGGUGGGUCUCUCCCAGUUUGGUCAGUUCUGACCCGCUGGCCAGUUUUUCAUGCGAUUCAGGCCUCCUGCCAGCUGGAGAGGAAGAGGAGUCAUUCUACUCCUCAGAAACGGACUACAGUCUGCCAUCAUAUUUCAACAGUGGACAGAACCGAACUGCAUCCGCAUUCAGACACAGUCCAGUGCGGCAGGUUUACACGUCUCCGUCACUUCUGGGACAUCUUCCGUGGAUAGACAGUUCAGGAGGACAUAACAUGCUGACCUACAGCAGUCCCCCCACAGCCUGGACAUCCAGCUCCUUCACCAAACACCCCCACACUCCCCCACCACCAACACCUCUUUUCCCAACUAGCCCCUCCUCCUUCCCCUCUCCUGGCCGAGACAGUAAGGACACCCUGAAAGCAGAGCGUCUGAGCCCAGUGGGUGGAGCUGGGGGAACCUUUCUGAAUCUAGGUUCGUCUGCUGGUGGUGUGUACUCUCCUCCUCACACACACUCCCACUUGCUGGGCCCCUACAGCUCCUACAUGCCCCCACCCCAAGAUUAUGGCUCUGCAGGCCUUUACUCCACAGCAGGGGCCUGGAUCAACCCCCCAUCAUUUUCACCAAAAAUGAGGAAUAAAAUCAGACUCUCUCCUCCAGACGCUCGUGAGUGUGUGAACUGUGGAGCUACAGCUACUCCUCUGUGGAGGAGGGAUGGGACGGGGCAUUAUCUCUGUAAUGCCUGUGGCCUGUACCACAAAAUGAAUGGCCAAAACAGACCGCUCAUAAGGCCCAAGAAAAGACUGAUCGUGAGUAAACGUGCUGGGACGCAGUGUGCUAACUGCCAGACCAGCACCACCACACUGUGGAGACGCAAUGCUAAUGGGGAGCCGGUGUGUAACGCAUGUGGACUUUACUUCAAACUACACAAUGUGAACAGGCCACUGACCAUGAAGAAAGACGGGAUACAGACACGAAACCGCAAAGUAUCCAGUAGGAAUAAGAAGGGGAAGAAGAGUGGGGGGGCAGAGCUUUAUCCUGAUUUGGGCCCACCAAUGGUGCAGGAUGACUGUGUAGGGGCCUUUACAUUACCCCCGGGGCCCCUACUGUCCUACAACACCAACACACAUCUGCCAUACACACACCACCCAAACCAUGGUAUGGUGUCGACACUGGUUUGAAAAUAGUUCCUUAAUGAACUCUUACAAAAUCAGUUUCUUUUCUGUUAUGGAAUGGUAUGAUAUAAUAAACAGGCUGCCAAAUUUUUAAGAAAAGAUCUGAAGACCUAUCUAGAAAUAAAAUACACACACAUAUACACAGUACUGUGCAAGAGUCUUGCACUUAAGCAAAUUGAUAAAUAUCAUUCAACAAAGGCAAGAAGUAGUCUUUUUUAUAAAAACACCAUAUUAGAACAGAUGCAAAUAAUCAGAAAUACAAUAAACAAAUAACAACAAUUUCACAGUGUUAUUUCCAGAAAAUCUAGCAUGUUUUGGGAGGUAGCAUGAAGAACAAAGUUUGGUUCCAGAUGUCUCUAGCUAUCACAUAAAUUUGUUUAUUGUCAUCACCAACACUUUUGAUUUAACACAAUGAAGUGUCAAUACCAAAUCAGGUAUUGGUUGACAACUACAAAUGAUACUGGGCUGCCUGGAAGAGACUUUUGGAAAUGGUUAAAGGGCACAGGGACAUAGAAAAUACACCCCUGCAAAUAUAUGCUUACUGUCUAGGAAAAUAGCUUUGUGUGUGUGUAUAAACAGCCCAAAAUGACCACUGACUUACAUUAAACCUGGAGAUAUGACAUUUAUAUAUAUUUAUAUAUAUAUAUAUAUAUAAAAAGUUAUUCCAAGGUUAUUCCUUGUUUUCCCUGUAGGUUAACCCUUUAAAGUUCAUGGCCAUCCACAUACUCAGACUUAUUAUUCAGUAAUUACAAAGUGCGAAAUACUGCCAUUAGACAUGUAAACAUAUUAUUCUAGUGCUGUCUGACAUUCAUUUUUCUAUAAUUCUGGAAAAAGUGGCAAACCCAUUAGUGGAUGACAGAAAACAAGGUGUGUUUUUACAGUUAUUUUCUGUCAAGUGUAUAUAUUCAUGAAUGUUCUUUUUAUUUCUUAAAGAUUUACAUCCUGUGAUUCUGCAAAGAUUUGCAUUGUAUAUUAUAACAACACCAGAGGUUUUGAAGAGACUACACUUUCAUUGUUUUAUCAAAGUUUUAACUAUUGUGUCUUUUGUGAAUGUUGCCUACUUUUUUGCAGAAUGAGAAUGCAUUAAAAAAAAUAAUCAACCUUU